AGCCGAGCUAGCCAGACUGAUCGGCAAGACAGAUGAGAAUAGUUCCGGAGCAGCAGGCUCUGCGCCUCCUGCUGAUGGUGGUGGUGGUGGUGGUGGUGAUGGUGGGGAUAGCAGUGACGAGGACGGUGUUCUUCGAGAUAGAGAUCCACCCAUCAACAUUGAUCCUGGUAAACCAACACAGAAUGCUGAAUUAAAUCGAAUUGGCCUCUCUUUCGGCUUGUCAAACUUCACCAGCAUGGUCACGUCAGAGGUGAUGGAAGCAAAGGUGGUUAAGGAAGCUGAAGAAAAGGGCAAUGCCCUGGCUGCAAUAUCGAGCCGUGCAUCUCGGCAAAACCGAUCAAAGAGGAUAGAGCUACGAAAAGAAAAAGACCAGCUAUUGAUGUCUCGACCAAGCUAUGCCCAACGUGCCAGUCCCACCUAUGAAGAGUUCCGGCCUGAUGGGUCGGAUAGCUCUGACUCCUCACACUCAGCAUCCCGGUCACCCUCACCAAGCAUUGAGAUUAUAUCUGGCUUCAGCACUGGCUCUGGUGCAGCACUCAAAUCCACAGCACUGCCGUCAUCAGCUGGUGCAGCUGGUGUCUCAUCCUCAUCGCGGCGGCACGGUGAAGCUAAAUCAUGGCAAUCCACAGCCUCAUCGUCAUCAGCACACCAGCACCGUCGCCAUUCUUCACCGGACAGCUCACGCCAUCACACCAGCAGCAGCAGGUCACAUCAUAGCAGAUCGCCAUCACGUCACACUGGUGGCAAUAGCACUAGUACUAGUAGUCGCUACAUAGACCACCACUCCUCUCGUAGCAGACACCAUGAUAGUCAUGAUCGCAGUGACCGGUCCCACCGCUCCAGGAGUCGCAGUUACGAGCGUCAUCGGCAUCAUCGUGAUAGUCGUUCACCAAGACGAGGCGGCAGUGGUACUUAUGAUGACCACCGCUCAUCUCAUUAUAGAAGUCGUAGUCGCAGUCGCAGCCGCAGCCCUGGUCGUGACUAUCGACGCCAUAGCCCGGACAGGAGCAGUGCAGCAACCAAAAGUCAGACUGAUACUGGUGCUUUGGCUGCAGCUAAGAAACUUAUCCAGAGCAAGGGCACUGAAAAGCUCAAGCUGACACCUCAGGAACGUCUCAAGUUGAAAAUGCAACUGCAGCUUGCUCGCACACAGAAAACCGACCGUGCCAAGGUGGCAUCAAAAGCUGAAAAGGAGGAGAGUGAGCGCCAGGAGCGGAUGGAUGAGCUGGUGGAGAGGUCCCGCAAGCACCGUGAAAAGGAGCGUCAGCGUCGGUAUGAUGACGACAGUAGGCGAAGUGGUGGCCGAUCGCCAUCGCCAUAUGAUUAUGAUUAUGACCAUGAGCAAUCAAGCCAUUACGGAAGCAGUACAUCCAGCCGAUACUACUGACGUACCUGCUUGGGCAGUUGUCGUUGCUGCAAUGGGUGUCUAUAUCGUGCUUCUCUCUUCGUCGGUUGCACUUUGACACUUGCACACUUUUGAUGUAUAAUGAACAUACUUCUACUCGGAUCUGCAAGCCCUAGUGAUUUUCGGCUUUUUUUUACUACUGUUCACAUACUUGGCUUCAGUUUCCAUGUUCCAUUGUCUUGUAAUCUCCCUUUGGAACCGACCCAGUACCUUGACGCAAUCAUGGCUAGCAAUGCAGUUACAUAACUAUGGCUUUCAUUGCACUGGUGUCAUGUGGCACCCUGGCACCAAACCUGGUUGGCCACGCCGAGUAAGUUGCACGCCAACGACUGUUGUUGAAUGUGAAAAUCCCACUUUUCUUUCUUUCACCAUCCUCCCUGCAGCCUGGUCAUGUCCCGUUGUAUAAAAAGAAAGAAAGAAAAAAGAUGUGUCUCUUUGUAAACGGUGUGGCAUCAUUCCGGUGUGCGCUGAGUGCUGGUUAUAUGCAAAGUGUCAUGCCUGUGUCAGGCACCAUGGGCUGAGUCAAAACCGGUAUUUGACAAUCCCUGCCCAUCACGAAUGCUGCGGUCAAUUCUCGCCCCAGUGUGCACGGGGUUGUCCUUAUAGUUACUGCUCGUUUUAGUAUCAAUCACGUCCUUUUUUAUUUUUUAUUUUUUAUUUUAUUGAAAAACCACAAACCUUCAGACAUGUGAAUGUGCACAUGAUAUACAGUGUACAUACGUA